CUCGGCGGCUGCCAAGCUUCUCCCCGCAAAAAUGCUCCGGGGGCAAUUCACGUGUUUAGUAGCUGAGCCUCGGCCCGUGGCUGGCAACACUUCCUAACUGAUACCACAGCUAUACGCAACGGCUACGGCGGACUGGCCGUGUAUCUCGACUUAUAUUUCUCAUCAUCCUCCAUUUUCCCAAGAGCUAUCUCGAGGAUAUCAGCCAUGCCAUAGGGCAACGCACGAGCCAGCAAGUUUUGAGCCUAUUUGACGAUCAAGGGCGGGAGAAUCCUCAGUUGGGCCGUGAACCGAGGGCAAGAUCCGGAUACAUCUAAACAAGCAAGGGAGCGAGCCUAGCAUUCUAUUGGCUGAGUCAGACCUUUGAAGCUGUAUAUAAUCACAGCAACAUAUCAACAUCUGGAGCAACAGGACCCAAUCCUUUGUCUAAGGGAAAAAGAAAAGGAGAGGGAAGAAUUGGAGCAUUUAACGGCCUCGAAAAGACUUUGGCGAGAUCUCCACCAUGGCCAACAACCAACGCUUGACGGUCGACAAAAUCAGAGUCAAAGAUGACCCGCGAAUCACGUUCCUCUCGGCCUUCUUGAACGGGAAGACGUACGGCUACCUGUUCAGCCCGGCGUCGCCCUCGGUGCCGAAACGAGGCACCAUCUUCCUCAUCCACGGCUUCCCGGACAUCAGCAUGGGCUGGCGCUAUCAGAUCCCGUUCCUCACCAAACUCGGCCUCGACGUGGUCGCCCCGGACUCGAUGGGCUACGGCCGGACCGACGCCCCCAAGUGGACGCUGCAGGACUACAGCUACAAGCGGGCGGCCGACGACAUGGCCGAGCUGUGCCGCCAGAUGGGGCUCAGCCGGAUCAUCCUGGGCGGCCACGACUGGGGCGGGUCGAUCGUGUACCGCGUCGCGCAGUACUACCCGGCCCUGAUCGCCGCGGUGUUCAGCAUCUGCACGCCCUACUUCCCGCCGAACGCCAAGUACGAGCCGCUGGGGAUGCUGGUGCAGAAGCGGCUGCCCAACUUCGGGUACCAGGAGCACUUUGUCUCGGGCGAGAUCGAGGAGGCAGUCCAGUCCAAGGCCGAGAUCCGCCAGUUCCUGGUCAACAUGUACGGCGGCCGCACCGCGGACACGCGCGAGGUGGCCUUCGACGCGAACAAGGGGCUCGACCUGGCGCGGCAGGCGCGCAUGGGCUCGACCAAGCUCCUCGCCGCCGACGAGCUCGAGUACUACGUGGACGAGUACGCGCGGCACGGCGUCUACGGCCCGCUCAACUGGUACCGCACCCGCGAGGUCAACUACAUGAACGAGUGGCGCGACUUCUUCGGCAGCGGGCGCAAGGCCCCCGCCCAGGCCGACCGCGACCAGAGGCUGAACCAGGAGGUGCUGUUCGUCCUGAGCAAAAAGGACCAGGCCCUGCAGCCCUUCAUGGCCGCCAAGAUGCCCGAGCGCAUCCCGCGGCUGACCUGGCGCGAGGUGGAUGCGGGCCACUGGGCGCUGUGGGAGAGGCCCGAGGACUGCAACCGGCUCAUUGGCGAGUGGUUGGAGGAGAAGGUCUUCCCGAUGAUGGCACGGGAGAGCAAACUGUGAGUCGAGAAGGCUCUGAAGGCCUCUCUGAAGAAAGGAAACUGAAGUCUUCUGUAUCUAUCAUAUUGUCAAUUGACUUGCACUUGGCUGGAUAAUCUCGGGGCCCAUUUCGCCUUCGAGCUAUUUGCAAAAAGCGGUCGAAAAAGAUUCAUCAAGUAAGAAUGCUACUUUUGUUGUCCGCGA